AAUCUUGGUAUUCAUAACUUCUACUUGUCCACAGUGGACUCAGGAACUAUUCAACACUUUUUCAGGGGAAAGACCAUUUUAGUCACGGGUGCAACGGGCUUCUUAGCAAAAGUUUUUGUGGAAAAGAUACUAAGGAUCCAACCAGAGAUAAGAAAAAUGUAUCUUCUCUUAAGAGCUUCAAACGAUGAUUUAGCCGCCAAUCGUUUGCAAGAUGAGAUCAUUGGGACAUAUUUGUUUAGAGUGCUACGAGAUGAGUGGGGAGAAGAUUUUGAUUCUUUCAUGUCAAAGAAGGUUAUAGUCAUCCCGGGAGAUGUUUCUUUGGAGAACUUGGGAUUGAAAGAUGAAGAUCUUAAAAAUGAGAUGUUGAAAGAGAUAGAAGUGCUUGUCAAUUUUGCUGCAUCUACCAAAUUUGAUGAAAGAUUUGACAUCUCGAUGGGUGUUAAUACAACGGGGGCUUUGAAUGUCUUGAACUUCGCAAAGAGUUGUCAUGAAAUAAAUGUUCUUCUCCACAUAUCAACCGCAUACGUGUCUGGAGAGAUUGCGGAUGGAGAAGCUGUAAAAGAAAAACCAUUUGAGAUGACUCAAAGCCUGAAAAAGAACUCAAAAUUAGACAUACAUGUAGAAAUGAACUUGUUGGAGAAAAAAUUGGAUGAGCUUCGAGCAAAGAAUGCAAGUGAAAUCACCAUCAAAUAUGCAAUGAAAGAUUAUGGACUCGAAAGAGCAAAUUUAUAUGGUUGGCCAAACACAUACGUGUUCACAAAAGCAAUGGGAGAGAUGCUUCUGGUUCAUUAUAAGGAUAAUGUGCCAUUAAUCAUAAUACGCCCCACCAUGGUAACUAGUACCUACAAGGAUCCUUUUCCUGGUUGGAUCGAAGGUAUAAGGACUGUUGACAGUGUGAUAUGUGGCUAUGGUCAAGGGAAAUUAGCAUGUUUUCUUGGUCAUCCCAAGACAAUUUUAGAUAUGAUACCAGCAGACAUGGUGAUCAAUUGUGUGAUCACAGCAAUUGUGGCUCAUUCAAAUCAAGUUUCUAAGAAUUUCAUCUACCAUGUUGCUUCUUCAUCGAGAAAUCCUCUCAGAAUUUCAGAUGUUAUUAACAUUACGUUUCACUAUUUUACCAAAUCUCCUCUCAAAAGUAAAAAUGGAACACCAAUAAUUGUUUCCAAAAUGCAACUAUUGACAAGUAUGGCUGCUUUCCAGAGUUAUAUGAAGAACAGAUAUGUCUUGCCACUAAAGGUGUUAAAUGUGGUCAACGAAGUGUUUUGCCACUUCUUCCAAGAUGUUUAUGAUGACAAUUUCAACAAAAUCCAAAAAGUGAUAGGACUGGGAAAAAUGUACAAACCAUACGUAUUUUUCAAGGCUGUAUUUGAUGAUACAAACACAGAAAAUUUACGAAGGGAAACAAAGAGACAUCUUAACAAGGAGGCUGUGGGAUUAGGCUUUGAUCCCUACAGCAUUGAUUGGACGGACUACAUGAUGAACACUCACAUUCCUGGCCUCACCAAGUAUGCAUUAAUGAAGUAGGAUUGUUUCUAUUUAAGCUGUUUUCAAAAUAGAAAUGUCCUCUACAAUGAAUGGGGCUAAUAUGCAGCUUUUUCCGUUUUCAAUAUCCUUUAUUAUUGUGUCACUCAAAAUCUAUGGACACGAUUUAUUUGAAGAUGACAAAGACUUGGGAAGACGCUCCUGACUAUAUUCUAGCCUUAUUUCUCAAGAAAAUGAAGUUUUUAUAUAUAU